AUGUGCACUCACUACGUCGUCUACAAAAGCUGCAACAGACACUUCGACACCAAGAUAGUCAAAUGUGCUGCUUGCAAAGCGAGUGGAAGUUGCCCAAGUGGACCAAAAAUUGAGACAUCCAAUGCUGGAGAACCAUGUACAAGUGGCUGUCCCUCGUUAGAGAAUAUGCCUCCUCGAACCUUUAAACCGUAUUCGAAGGCGGCACCUCGGAAUUCUCCAAUCGUCUCCGACGGGACUAGUCGAGUGGAGCUGGAUAUUUUGUGGGCAUCCGUGCAGAUGAAGGGGUUUGGAGCUAGAGGCGAAUUUAGAACAGGGUCAGAAAUCUAA